GGUCACACCUUGUUACAGCACCGUCUACUGACUCAUUUCUGCCCGCUGUUGCUUAUUUUGCUGUGGAUUCCGGAACAACACACUUCCUGAUCGAGGUUAAAAGUCGCGUUUUUAGUACGUUUCACGUUGAGUAUUGUCUUGAUAAACAUGGCAUUCAGAACAUCAUAAGAUAUUUUGGCACAGGCCGGCAAAGUUCGUCAUAAUCUUGGAUAUUUGGUUGUGGAGAGGUAGAGUUUAAGGAUGACCGAUCCAAACAAACCUCAGCGCAAGCUGUCCAGAUCUGGAGACAGCUUGUACAAGACACUGGGCUUGCAAAAAGGAGCUUCCUCUGAGGACAUUAAAAAAGCUUAUAGAAAACUUGCACUCCGGUAUCACCCAGACAAGAACCCAGAGAACCCAGAGGCCGCUGAAAAGUUUAAAGAGAUCAACAGCGCUAACUCCAUUCUUAAUGAUGAGAACAAACGUCAGAUCUACGAUGAAUAUGGCUCCAUGGGCCUUUAUGUUGCUGACCAGUUCGGAGAAGAUAGUGUUAAAUACUACUUCCUCAUGUCAAAGUGUUGGUUCAAGACACUUUUUUUCUGUGCCAUAAUAUUCACUGGCUGCUGUUGCUGCUGCUGCUGCUGCUUCUGCUGUGGGAAGUGUGGAUCAAAAGAGGAAGAUGAGCAUUAUUUCUAUAUGGAUCCCGAGGACCUUGAAGCCCAAGUUUUUGAAGAGCAAAACAAAGGGAAUCAAACUGUUAUCAUUGGACAGCCAGUUCCCUCUGCAGCGUCUGAAGUUUCACCACAAGGUCCAGUGACUGUAGGCAUGCCUAUUUCUAGCCCAGACACCAUGAACCAUUAAGGUGGAGACACAGCCAUAAACAUAGAGCCAGCUGUCUACAGACCAUCAGUCUUUUGCCUUUAAAGAUAGAACUUGGGAUCAAAAGAGGAUUGCCAUGUCUCUGUACUUGGCCCGUUUCCAGUAAGGGGAAAGUUAAAAUCCAGUGCAGCACUUGAGGAAAUUUUGGCUGAUAGUCAGGGGCUGUACAUAGUCUGUGGAGUAAAAUUGGUUCAUCUUGAUUCAGAAUGUAUUGUUUACACUUAAUGUACUUUUGCCUUCUGUACUUUUAAUGUGGUGUCAGGUUCUUUCUUAUAUUUAGUUAUUUAUAUUUAGUGAAAUCUUUUAAAUUGACAGCUAAUUUGAUUUUGACUGGGCUUCUCUAACCCAGAAGAAAUAUGCUGGUAUUCAUAUGGUACAAUAGAUGGAAAAAGCUUGCAAUUAUGUAACUUCUUUAGUAGCACCCAAUACUAGUAAAAAUUUUUGUCUGUCUUAAUUAACAAAUUUAAAUGGCAACAUAUUUUAGUUGAAAUGACUGCAGCCCUGACCCUUUCAUAUUUAAGUUGAUAAUAUUGAAAUAUUUUCAAUAUUUAAUAUGGACUUCACAAACACUUUAAAUGCAGCAGUGAUUAGACUAUGUUGUGGUGUUAGAACAUUUGAAGUGGCAAAACUCUGCUUUGAGAAUGUACUAUGAUUUUAUUAUUAUUAUUUUUUAUAUAUAUAUAUAUAUAUAUAUAUAUAUAUAUAUAUAUAUAUAUAUAUAUAUAUAAAUUAAUUAAUUUAAUAUAAUAAUCUUCAUGUACAUAUGAGUCAUUGCCUCAGAAUAGAUUGUGUGUAUGCAUGCUCUGAAUGGAAAUCAUUCCACCCCACCACCCAUUCCCAAAGAAAAAUGAAAUAAUAAUUUGAAAUUUGUCUGGACUGGUAUUUAAUAGUUUUGUGAGUAUUUUAUUCAACGCAAUCAUAGAUUACUCAGGUAUUUUGUGCUUCUGGGAUCUCACUAAACUAUUUUACUUUGACUGUUUUGAAAAAUGUGAAUGACAUAAUUGUAAUGAGUUAUCUGAUACUUUGUUUAUAUUGGUGUAAUGCACAAUCAAUGCAGUACAAUACUUCAGAUGUUUGUGCAAUGUAAAAAGUUUGUAUUUGAAAAGUGGAGGUGUAUGAAGUGAUAUAAAUGAAAUAAAUUAUGUUUUUGAUUGCCA